CCUCACUUUCUUUGUUUCGUUCUCUCUUCCUUGUUCCUCUUUCCUUUUCGUUCCCACCGACGUCAUCGAUCUAGAUACCUUCUGGCUCGAUCUCUGCCGGAGACUUUCGCCGAUUAUCAUUCUCUGUUCUGUAUCCCUCCGAUUCCGUAUUCCUGUCUCGUCUCUUUCUGAUUUCUUUCAAAACCCCUAACUUUUGUUUCGGAAUUAUUGACCUCCUGAAUCUGGGGAUUUCCUGGAUUCUUCCCGGAUUACAAGACUUUGAUUUUCCUCUAGAAUCCUUCCAGACGGAGUAAAUCGAAGGUCUUUUUGGUUUUUGGACCAACCAUCAUUAGUUUUUUGGGAUCCCGUCUUGUUGAUGGGCACAACUAGGGUUUGCUCGGAGGUUUCUGGAUCUUCGAAAUCGCUUGGCUCGCCGCUCACGGUGUCGACCUCUCUCACGGAAACCGUCAAUGGCUUCCACGAAUUUAAGAUCAGCGGCUACUCUCUCGCCAAAGGCGUAGGGGUCGGCAAAUACGUCACCUCUGAUACGUUCAUGGUCGGUGGCUACUCGUGGUCAAUCUACUUCUACCCUGAUGGAAAGAGUCCAGAGGAUAACUCAGCUUACGUUUCUCUUUUCAUAGCCCUCGCGAGCGAGGGAGCCGAUGUGAGAGCUUUAUUCGAGCUCACGCUUGUGGAUCAGAGUGGAAAUGGAAAGCAUAAGGUUCAUAGCCAUUUCGGAAGAGAACUCGAGAGUGGACCCUAUACUCUCAAGUAUCGAGGAAGUAUGUGGGGAUACAAGCGGUUUUUCAGGAGGUCCAGUCUAGAAUCAUCAGACUAUCUGAAGGACAAUAGUCUCUUGGUUCGGUGUCGCGUCGGUGUUGUGAAGUCGCGCACGGAAGGACCUAGGAAUUACAAUAUCCCUGUACCAGUUUCUAACUUGGGCCAACAGUUGGGAAAUCUUUUGGAAAGUGGGAAAGGUUGUGAUGUUACUUUUGAAGUCGAUGGAGAAACAUUCGCUGCGCACAAGCUGGUUCUUGCAACGCGUUCCCCAGUUUUCAGGGCACAGCUUUUUGGCCCGUUAAGAGACCGAAAUACCGAACGCAUAGUGAUAGAAGACAUGGAGUCCCCCAUUUUCAAGGUCCUACCUUUACUUCUCUUUCUGGGAUUACAUGUUUUUUGGAUUUACUAUUCACGGAUGUACCAUCCGGGAUCUUCUCCUGGGGCGCUACUCCUGUUCUCGAGUUUACUCACCCGGGAUAAGGUAUUGCUCCAUUUUAUCUACUGGGACGAAUUGCCUGAUAUGCAAGAGUUAAUGGGCGGCGUAGACUCUCAAUCGGCCUCUACUCUUGUGGCUCAGCAUUUGCUUGCAGCAGCAGACCGUUAUGCUCUUGAGCGGCUUAAAGCAAUCUGUGAGUCUAAACUCUGUGAAGGGAUCGCCACAAAGACAGUUGCAACCACCUUGGCCCUAGCGGAGCAGCAUCAUUGUUUCCAGCUAAAGGGUGUCUGUCUCAAAUUCGUCGCAUUGCCAGAGAAUCUGAAAGCUGUGAUGCAAACAGAUGGGUUUGAUUAUCUGAAAAAGAGUUGCCCUUCUUUACUAACUGAGCUAUUGGAGUAUGUGGCGAGGCUUGGUGAACACUCUGUUGUAGCAUCUGGGCAUCGAAAAGAAAUGUUUGCCGAUGGUUGUGAUGCGAAUGGAAGAAGAGUGAAGCAGCGGUUGCAUUAAACGCAUUUGUGCAUUGUAUAAUCUCUGUUUAAGGAUAAUGGCUGAUCUGAACCGGUUCAGCAAGUACAAUGAAUCUUUUUUCAAUGCUUUUCUAUUAAUAUCAAAGAUCCAAUGGAAUUUGGGGAUUAGUCUUUGUGUUUUUCAGAGUAUUAUACUUAUUCGUA